UCGAUCAGACCAGAGAGAGAGAGAGAGAGAGAGAAUGAGCGAAGAAGCAGGGAAGAGGGUUUGCGUGACAGGGGCAUCGGGUUACAUAGCUUCGUGGCUGGUGAAGCUGCUGCUGGAGCGUGGGUACACCGUCAAAGCCACUGCUCGCACCCUUAAGGAUCCCAAGAAGAUAGAGCACUUGCUUUCACUUGAUGGAGCCAAAGAGAGGCUACAGUUGUUUGAAGCAAACUUAAUGGUGGAAGGAUCUUUUGAUUCUGUGGUUGAUGGUUGUGAAGGUGUCUUCCACACCGCAUCUCCUGUCUUCUUCUUAACUAGGAAUCUGCAGGAAGAACUAAUUGGACCUGCAGUGAAGGGAACAUUGAAUGUUCUUAGAUCAUGCAUGAAAGUCCCAUCCAUCAAAAGGGUAGUGAUAACAUCUUCCAUGGCUUCAGUUGUAUACAAGAAUAUACCUCUCAACCCAGAUGUUUUAAUAGAUGAGACUUGGUUUUCAGAUCCAGUAUAUUGUGAGGAAUCAAAGCUUUGGUAUGCACUGUCAAAGACCUUAGCUGAGGAGGCUGCUUGGAAAUUUGUGAGAGAGAGUGGGAUAGACUUGGUCACUAUACAUCCUGGAUUUGUCAUUGGUCCUCUCCUGCAGCCAACUCUCAAUCUGAGCGCCGAGGGCUUUCUGAACCUUAUAAAAUCUGGUACUGAACUCUUCCCAAAUGCUAUCUAUCGAUGCGUUGAUGUUAGAGAUGUCGCUCUUGCACAUAUUCAAGCAUUUGAGAUCCCUUCAUCUAAUGGAAGAUAUUGUGUAGUUGGGACAGUAAAACAUUCAUCUGAGAUUAUGGAAAUUUUGCACAAGCUUUACCCUGCUCUCAACCUUCCCAAAAGGGAAGGCGGCAAAAUGCCAGAUGACACAGUGCACCAGGUAUCCCAAAAAAAGGCAGAAAGUUUGGGCAUAAAUUUCACUCCCCUGGAGGUGACCCUCAGUGACACCAUUGAAUGCUUUAAAGAGAUGAACUUGCUCUGUUUCUGAAUCAUUUCUGUUCUCAUUGUGUGAGUGAGUUAUUACCCAACAGUGUAUACAGCAAUGGGAUCCUGGGUCACCCGCUUAAUGUCCGCGCCUGUGACCUUUGCCGUCUCCAAUUGCCAACAACGAUGGAGGUGGGAGAAAAAGAAAAUAAAAAGCAAAUAUGCAAAAGUGUAGUGUAAUAACACCAAACCUGAACGAAAAAAUUUAAAAUAAAAACUCCCAACUUUGUCAAAUGGUCCCUGCCAACUUGAAUUUAAAUUGUGGUAUUGAGUGUUUGAGUGAUUCACCCUCUUUUAUUACAUUCA